AUGCAGUACAUAAACACUGCAUCAGCAACGUUGGAUGCUCUAGCUGGCUUUUUGGCAAAGGUGACUCAGGAUGUGGAGAUGAAAGACCACCAAACUCCUUCUCUUUCCAUUUCCUCUGCUUCUCCCUCCACUUUGCAGCACUUGAAGGAGAUUGCUUCGCUUAUUGACUCUGGUUCCUACACUAAGGAGGUUCGCUGUAUAGUCCGCGCCGUUCGCCUCACAUUCGGGCUGAGGUGGAAGCUCACAGCGCCUCUGCUCUCUGCAUUUCUCGAUUUUGCCCGGCAGCCUGGUUCUGAGGCUCAUGCCCGAUUGUCCUCAUUUCUUCCUAAGGAAGAUGAGCAUGACAUGAAAGUUGAUACUGCAACAUCUGCAGUUCAGAUUCCAGCAAAACACUUGUUCCCUGAGCUCAAGAUUUAUUGCUAUUUGCUUGUUCUCCUUUUUCUUAUUGACCAGAAAAAAUACAAUAAGGCUAAAGCCUGUUCCUUAGCAAGUAUUAAUUGGCUCAAGAGCCUAAACAGAAGAACUCUUGAUGUCCUAGCAUCAAGACUUUUCUUCUAUUACUUGUAUAGCUAUGAGCUUACUGGUGAUCUUGUCGAAAUUUGUGGAAGAGCAGAGGAAGCUGAAUAA